AUGAGUAAAUUGGAUGAUUUGCUAGCUAAGAAAAAAACUGUUGUACCAGUUCUAGAUCUGAGCAGAAAUGUUGUGCAAUCUAGUGAAGAACUCAAACGUCUCAUGGAAAAGGUUCCUGAAUUUAAGAUGAGACCCAUCAAAGUCAAAGUGGAAGACAUCAAGACUAAGGAAAAAGAUUAUUCGUUUAAAUUGAGUAAGAAAGAGAUGAAAAAACUCUUAAAAAACAAUGGAGAACGGGAUCCAAUAUAUAUCUAUGCAGAUCCUGUUCCAAUGGAAAUGAAAGAAAUUGUCUUAUAUGAUUUGUGUGUUGUUCCAAUCGAUUGGAAAAUGCUUACAACAUUAAGGCCAAAAUCAAAAAUCGAGGAAGAGUAUUUUUCUCGGAUGGUUGAGAUGGGUAAGUUACAGUUGAAAACCGAGCAGCGAGAUAGAAGAGAAUUUAUGCUCAACAAUGGUAUAAAAAAGCUGAAGAACAAAUCGGGAAUUGUGGAAACUCGUCUCCAGACCUGUGCUGACUGCGGUGAAGAGUUAUGUUCUGGCAACUCCUGCACUGAAUUUAGCUAUGAUUUAUUUGUAAGAGUGGAGCCAAAAUUUCCUAAAAUUAAACCUGCUCCAAAUGUAAUUAAUAAGGGAAAACUGAAUGGACGAAAACGAAUAGUUGGCAAUGGAUCACGUAGCAAGUCUAAGAAAAAUGUUAAAUAA